AUGGUCAUCUUCCAGGGCAAGGUGCACCAAGCAAGCUGGUACGAGGCAGAUGUGCCCAAGGACUGGCAGAUUGCCGUGAGCGACAAAGGUUGGACUUCCGACGACCUUGGAUUGCAUUGCCAUGUUACGCCGGAGUUCGACAAGUACUGUACGGACAAUGCCAUCGUGGUACUCCAAAUGCCAGCUCAUUCCUCACAUCUCUUACAGCCUCUGGAUGUCGGGGUCAACCACAUCGAUAAAGAGGACUUCCUGCUUCUGUACAUCGAGGCCCGCCGACAAGCGCUCUCCCGUCGAACAUCCGAAGUGGAUUCAUGGCCACAGGCCUUUCCCAUUCAAUCCGACCCGGGUUCUGUCACGGUUACUAGUUCAGGUUGA